GAUAAGGUUACCACAACUUGACAGAUUGAACGCGCGUUGAUUUGCGCACGCAAUAACACAACACUACAUCGUUCAUAACAUCUGCGCUUAUAACCCGAGCACAACUUCAAGACUUUUUAGAUCGAAGUACCAGUAUUGAUCAACCGCAACGAAAUAGCGAAGAUGAAACUAAAAGUUCUUUUGGGUUUCGUCGCGUUGUAUAUUUGUCACUGCCAAGCGCGCGUCCAGUUGCGUCUAACUGACGGUAAACAUAAAUACGAAGGUCGUGUUGAAGCGUUUGUCAACAGCCAAUGGGGACCGAUUUCAGCCCGCGGUUGGAAUAAAAAAGCAGCGCAGGUCGUCUGUAGACAACUGGGGUUUGGCGGCAAAGUUAUACGUUACACCAAGGGGUAAGUCAUGGUAAAAUACGAUAAAUAAAAAUAUAUACAUACCUGUUAGUUACGCCAUGUUAAUAUUGUUUUUGACACAAGUGUGUAAGGUAAUACUUUCAUGAUGAGUUUAAAAUUGACACAUGACAAGUUUAUUGAAAACUUCAAGUAUCUUGCUAUACGGCUAUACCGUUUCUCGCCCCCCCCCCCUCCCCCUCCCCCAGCGGCGCUAGGCAGGCUAUGUGCUCACGCCAAUACAUUGUUUCACCAUGGGGAAUUAUUAAUAUCGUAGGGGAAUUCUGAAAUCAGAGGGUGUUAUCUAGGUGGAGGAAACAGCUCUUUUGAUUGGGCAGAUUAAUGUUAAAAUCUUUUGCAAUAUUGAUGGUUAUUUUGGGACAUUCCGGCGUAAGGAAGGAAAGGCGUAUGUCCUUCCUGAAUAUGUGUUUUAGAUUUCUAAAAUUAUUUUCUCAAUAAAAUAACUUAAUACUAAAGUGUAUUUUUACAACAGUAAGUGAGUCACCCAAAGGAAAACGUAUCAGUGUUAACUGGAUUGACAAAGAAUUGUCAAUAUUUUUGAGCAUGUCAUUUUGUAUAUUCAUAUAUCAAAAUUUUAUCAGUUUUCUAAGUGUUGACAAGCUUUGUGUGUUUAUAAUCAUUUCUUUUUAAGAGUAACCUAUGGUCACCCCAAGGGUCCGAGACCAGUAUGGCUUGAGGCGAUAAACUGUAAUGGAACGGAGAAUCACAUAGAUGACUGUAACCAUAGUGGAUGGGUGAAGUCAAAACGGAGAUUAAAUUUUUUUGAUUUAGCUGGUGUCAUGUGUUAUACUGCAGAAGGCCGUGUUCUUUUCCCACCAGUUGCCUCAGCCUGGGGUGAUAUUAAUGUAGGUAUUAACUUCACAAUUUGUGGAGGAGAAAAAUUGAAAUGAAAUCCCACAAUUCUGUUUAUUGCGGGGUAUCAAGUGCACCAGUGGCGUGCUGGGUACUAUUUUUCUGGGGGGGCCAGUCGGCUGGCAACUAAUAUGCGCCCCUAUAAUAUUACCCUUGAUAAACGAGGGCCGAAGGCACGAGCCGAGCGGCACAGGUGCGAGGUUUGUCUAGGGGGGUCUGGGGGCAUGCCCCCCGGAAAAAUUUUUGAAUUUAGAGUCUCUGAAAUGCCAUUUCCUGAACUUUGGGGGAAGAUUUGACAGAAAUCUAAUGGUCAGGAAACGGCAUUACAACGUGUCGAAAUUUGAAAAUUGGUUAGAAUUUAGUAGUAGCACUUAAAUUGGGCAACGCUAACUACUUCCAGCAAUUAAUCUAAUCCCAAUUUUAUUCUCUACUGAUCUGAAUUGAUUUACAACUUACAGCUCUUUUAUAUAAUAACACACGGACCCCACGCAUAUAUGCAUGAUUUCCGUGAUCGCUUCGAAGCCUGAUCAAUAUUCCGGUAAUGAGACAUUGCGUGUGAUCACUGAUCAUGUUUCUAUAUGAACGAGUGAUUUCGUGUGAGUCGUAAGGUAGCAAAUACGGUUAGACAAAAUAGUCUGCAAUUUAAUAUACUCACUCACUUUGUCGCCUAUGCGCUUAGUCUGUUUAUAAGUGUAUAAACAAAUCUUUCCUUGGCGGAAUUAGUAACUAUAUUUCUUCGAAUGCGUUUCUUCCCACCUAUAUUCAAAAUUCGGCGCGGGAUCGGCGCCCCCUUUUCAUUUUUGCGCCCCUCAAAAAUUGCCAGCUGGGGGGGCCGUGGCCCCCCGGCCCCCCCUGCCAGCACGCCACUGAAGUGCACGACUAGACAUUGCACAAAAUGAAAGGAUAAAACAUCGUUUUCUCACAUUGAAUACACCGGUUGACUUUCCACGAUUUCACGUAUAUAACACAGUACGGACUCGUAUGAAAAGAGUCGGUAAACGCUCUGCCGAAAGUCAUGGGUUUUCUCCAGGUGCUCCAAUUUGCUCCCACAAGGAAAGUUGACAGAAUGGGCUAAGAUAAGCAUAGUUAGGAAAGUAUUAUAACACAAUUGUUGUAAAGAUAAAAUAGCCUAUAGGCUAAGUAACUAAUUAUAGGUAAGCAUAAUACUUGAUAUAGAUGUUUUAAAUAAUUGUAAUCGCGGCUAGUUUUCGACUUCAACCAAGUUUUUUCAAGGUCAUUAGUUUUGGUAUAAAACAUAGAUUUCACUCGCGGGUGGGGUACUAAACAUUUAAUACUAAACUUAUUUUCAACAGGCAACUAAGGUAAAAUUCUGGUUGGAUGGUGACAUAGAAAAUGGAAUCAUCAGCGCUGGCUAUCUGAUUAUGUCUUAUAAAAACAUCAAAGGAUAUGUCUGUGCGGACAAAUGGACGUGGCACUCCAACAAUAUGAGGGUUGCUUGUGGGCAUCUUGGUUUCCCUGAAGCAAUCAAACUGCGAUCAAUGCUGAGUAACUGGCCUUUUAUUUUGAAUGGCCUCGACUGUAAGGGAACAGAAUCGUCAUUGUUAUCAUGCAACCACACUGGUUACGCUUACAAGCAACAGACAUGCAAAAGCAAUACAGCAGUUUGGUUGCAGUGUAAGGUGUUCAACAGGACAUCUAAGUUCAAAAAUGUAAGCCGGUUAACAUUUUAACUAUUUUAAACUGUUAAGGCUUUGCUCGAAUUUACCUGAAAAAGAUCAAGAUCUAGAGAACUUCGAUCGACGCUUCAAGCGAAGUCCCUUCGCCGGAGAUUUUCUUGAUCUUUUUCAGAUAGAUCCGAAAACAACUCCAUAUAGUUAAUAAUUAUGCUUACAAACAUAUCAUAAAACAAAGCUUUCCUUACUCAUACAACUGUGAGAAGAGGAAGAAUAUUAUCUACUGUCGCCCUAUGAGAAUUAAAUUACUAACUGAGAAAACUUUGGAUUAAGAGGAGAUUUUUGCCUUGUUACGUAACAAAACUCAUGCGUAUAUAAUAUUCCACUUGAGGUUAUGACUAAAUUGAAAAUUUUUAUUUUUCGAUGCGUUUCUCAAUCGGCAAACAAACUUAAAAAGUAUGUUUAGUGCUUUAUCUGUAAAAUAAUGCUAAAAUGAAGAGAUUUUAGAUGAUACGCCAAAGAGAAAAUGAUGCCUGAAGCUCAGUAAGUUUUGCUUAAUUAUAUGGCUGUAAAUAUGGCGUCAAUUUUAAAGCAUCAUUGAUAAUUCAGGUAUUUUAAUUGACAAUUUUUAACUAUUAUUUUAUGUUUCUCAACCGGCAGAUGCAUUUAAAAAGGUUGCUAACUGUAUAAACUAGAGAAUAAAGCUAAAACAAAGUAAUUUUGAGAGGAACGCCAAAAAGAUUUUAGGUUUUGAACACUUUUCAUUGCAAAUACGUGACAUUGAAAAAAAUUGCCUCUAAAAUAUAUAAUAGGAACGCAUCUGCCUGAAAAUACAAGGAGAACUUCGACGUUUGUAUUUUCUUCAGGUAGUCAUCGCUAUCAAUCCAAAGCUUUCUUAUUCAACCAUUCAGGAUUUUGUACUAAAUUGAGAUGAAUAUAAUUAAAUGAUUUAAAAUAGCGACUAAAGUGGGCUGAAGAGGCCAAACAAACUAAGAGAGACUCUGUUUUUUUCAGUCAGCGAAUUUAAAACUACGCGGAGCGGCUUAUCCAUGGGGAGGGCGAGUUGAGCUCAAGUAUAAACAUAGUUGGACUACCUUGUGUGAUGACACGUGGGACCUCUUUGCCGCCAACGCAGUCUGUCGUACUUUGGGGUAUGGUACUGCAAAUGAGGCCAGUUUUGCUGCAAAAUAUGGUCAAGGAACUCAACUGGUAUGAUUGUAAAUUUCCACAGAAAAUAAAAGAAUCAAUAAUAUACUUAUAACAUGGCAUAUCAAUUCUGUAUAUUUCAUUGAAUAUUUUAGACCAUCGUAGAUGGUGUCAAGUGUCAGGGUUACGAAAAUGAUAUAACGAAUUGCAAGUGGACGGUGAUAUUUCCGAAAAGCAAUUGUUCUCAUUUUGAAGAUGCUGGAGUGGAAUGUAACGCUCCUAUGUACCAACUGAAAGAGGUAAGUCAGGGAACGAGUUGUAUUUUUUCUUUUGUGUUUACAAUUUUGACAAUUUUCGUUCAAUUACCAGGUUCGCUUGGUUGGUGGAAAGAACUCUUCUGAAGGCCGCGUUGAAGUGAAAAUUAACGGGGAAUGGGGAACAGUAUGUGGUGAUCAUUGGCAUGUGAAAUCCGCCAUGAUCGUCUGUAGGGAACUGGGUUUGAAUUUUGCGGAAAAGAAUAUCACCGGAAACGAGUUUGGUGUUGGUGAAAAAAUAGUGAUGAGUAAACCAAUCUGUAUUGGUGAUGAGAUAUCGCUGACGCAAUGUCUCCGUGACGACAACGUCACGUGUUCAUCCUCUGAAAAAGUUGCCGGCGUUCGUUGUACUGAUGGUAAGACCUACCACUUGCAUGGAUCUCAAUCUGAGUCCAAGUAACAUGAGUCGUCCCAGACCACCCCUCGUUCAUCUGGGCUAACAUCUCACCAUCCAAAUAGGUCAUGCUGUUAAAAAUGGAGAGUAGGGAAUUUGCUUAGGUUGGAUAACUUUAUUAUACUUGAAAGCUCAUGUAAGUAAAGUCUGCUACUUCUCUGCUAUGCUUCGUCGCUUCGAGAGUUUUCUCCCUUAUCAAAAACUAACUAUAGUCUAACUAUAUACUAACCACGAGAUGAAUUGGGGAACCACACCCCAUGUAAUCGAUAUAACUCAUUAUCAUAACUCAUUAUCCGACAAUUGAUAUCCAAAGAUCCAUUAAGACCCUCGGUUUUAUUAGCCUAACAAGCCCUAACUGAAAUUUUCUGUCUUCUGCUUUCUAGCGCUACCCGACUUGGCAUUGAGUAUACGUGGCAUUUAUAGAACUCUUCGCGUGGAUUACUUGCCUAACACCAUGUUGCGUUGUUCUUGGGAGGAAAACUGCUUGACAAGCUCAGCCAAUAGGUAUAUGAACAAUUUCUAUAUGCGAUAUUAUAGAAGGCGUUUGAUGAGAUUUAGUACGAUCAUAUUAAAUUUUGGCUCCGCCGACUACCGACCAUUAGCGAAGAAAGAAGACUGGAUUUGGCAUACUUGUCACAAACAUUUUCACUCGCAAGAAGAAUUCGCCACCUAUGACUUGUUGAGUAAGUAACAUUCUGUCACCUUCCGUGGUCUCUUGAGCUUAUUCCAUUUUCCUAGUUGUGAUACUACUCCUACAGCUAGCGCGUAGCAAACACAUAACCAGGAACUGAUUCUUCCAGCAGAAGCAAGUAAUGAAUGCAACAGGCCCGUAUCUGAGGGGGAGGGGGCUGUGGAGGGCAGUGCUCCCCAUCCGGAAACAAAAUUGAAAUCAUGACCCCCGCCCCCGAAACACACAAAAUUUGUUCUUUUUUAUUUUAAUUAUUUUUGCCGAAGCUACAAUUGACCCUGGUUUACUUUAUAAUCGGAUUAUAUUUGCUAUGGCUCCCAUGUUUGGUUAAGUUCAUUUAUAGCUAGAAAGUUGAUUUUCUAUGUUUAGUUUAAAGUUUUAAGAAAUAUUAAAAGUUAAAUCUAAUAUUCUUCACGGUCUAGAAGAACGUAUUUUUACCAAUUUUUCCAGGGCUGCGACCAGAAACUAGCACAAAAACAUCCCCUCAGCUAAAUUUUUCAGCAGUGCCCCCUCCCCCCAGAAAUUGAGAGCCGGCUACGGGUUUGGAAUGCAAUUAGGAAGCGAGCAACCUAGGAGCUCCAAACAGAGUCCAAACACUGACUAAAUAUUAUAUUCGGACUGUCCCAACCGUACAUCGAUCCGAAGCUGAGGGUCGUCCUCACCCGACCCAGUGAUUCCCAUCAGCCGCAGAGUUGCUGGUGCAAAUCUUAUUCGUGGAGGUAGCGACGAUAUAACAUGACAGCUACGACUUACGACUUUACAUUGCUUCGUACGCCCGCAGCAUAUGCUAAUGAGAACAAGUUGUUUUCAUAAAGUUGUUAAACCGUUUUCAGCUUCAGAUAAAAGAAGACGAAAAGUAGCCGAAGGGCACAAGGCAAGCUUCUGCCUGGAAGACACGCGCUGCCUGGCUGGAGUAGACAGGACGUAUAAUUGCACUGCUGGAACACAGGGGAUCUCAGUGAACUGUUUUGAUGACUACGCCUAUAAUAUAGAUUGUCAAUGGAUCGACGUCAGCGAUGUACCUUAUCUCAGAUCGUACAUACUACAUGUAAACAUCAAUCCUAAAUUUGAAGUGCCUGAAACUGAUUUCGACAAUAAUGUUGUGGUGUGUGAUAUCUAUGAUAGAGGAUCGUUUAUUCGCGUAAGGGAUUGUGGUUAUGGUGAGUGCA